GUGCCAACUACACGGCAGUGUCCUUAUCAAGAGAGAGCUGUGGUCCAUGUCCAGAUUCUGUGGCCUUGCUGUGGAAUCACCAGGAACUCUAGUUGGUCUGGAGCUGAUGACCUCCUGGCGUGCUGCAGGCUCGGGCCAGAGGCUCCGCCCACCCCCACUUGCCCUGGGCUGGCGUUUUGUGGAGCCCUAACUCUCUGGGCACUCCUGGAAGAUCCUGGACAGUUUUGCAUAAACCUGACCCCACCUCAUCUCCAAAGGACUGAUAGCCCAGCUUGUGGCAAGAACAACAGCAAAAGGAAGAGAUUGAGUCAACUCUAUGUCGUCCCAGCACUACAGAGCUGAGCAAGCCCAGAGGCAUGUCACAUGGGUUCCAAGGCACAAGGAGUGGCAUGCCAGACUUCUCUCCAGGUCCCAUGGAUGAAGAUGAGGCGCUACAAGCUCUUUCUCGUCUUCUGUAUGGCCGGCCUGUGCCUCAUCUCCUUCCUGCACUUCUUUAAGACCCUGAGCUAUGUCACCUUCCCCCGGGAACUGGCUUCCCUCAGCCCCAACCUGGUGUCCUGCUUCUUCUGGAACAGUGCCCCCGUCACGCCGCAGGCCAGCGCCGAGCCGGCCGGCCCCGACCUGCUGCGUACCCCGCUCUACUCGCACUCGCCCCUGCUGCAGCCGCUGCCGCCCAGCAAGGCUGCAGAGGAGCUGCACCGCGUGGACUUCGUGCUGCCCGAGGACACCACCGAGUACUUCGUGCGCACCAAAGCCGGUGGCGUCUGCUUCAAGCCGGGCACCAAGAUGCUGGAGAAGCCAUCGGUGGCGGCGGUAGCAGCCGGGGCAGCUGGGGCAGCGGCAGCAGGGCGGCCAGAGGAGAAGCCCGAGGGGGCCGAGGGGGCCGGGGCAGCAGCAGCAGCAGGUGCAGCGGCAGGGACAGGGGCGCGGCGCUCGCCACGACACAGCCUGAGCGCACGGGAGCGUGCGCCACGGCGCAAGUGGGUGGAGUGCGUGUGCCUGCCGGGCUGGCACGGGCCCAGCUGCGGCGUGCCCACCGUGGUGCAGUACUCGAACCUGCCCACCAAGGAGCGCCUGGUGCCUCGCGAGGUGCCGCGGCGCGUCAUCAACGCCAUCAACGUCAAUCACGAGUUUGACCUGCUGGACGUGCGCUUCCACGAGCUGGGCGACGUGGUGGACGCCUUCGUGGUGUGCGAGUCCAACUUCACGGCCUAUGGCGAGCCGCGGCCGCUCAAGUUCCGUGAAAUGCUGACCAACGGCACCUUCGAGUAUAUCCGCCACAAGGUGCUCUACGUCUUCCUGGACCACUUCCCGCCGGGCGGCCGCCAGGACGGCUGGAUCGCGGACGACUACCUGCGCACCUUCCUCACGCAGGACGGCGUGUCUCGCCUGCGCAACCUGCGCCCCGACGACGUCUUCAUCAUCGACGACGCAGAUGAGAUCCCUGCGCGCGACGGGGUCCUCUUCCUCAAGCUCUACGACGGCUGGACUGAGCCCUUCGCCUUCCACAUGCGCAAGUCGCUCUAUGGCUUCUUCUGGAAGCAGCCAGGCACCUUGGAGGUGGUGUCGGGCUGCACGGUGGACAUGCUGCGCGCCGUCUACGGCCUGGACGGCAUCCGCCUGCGGCGGCGCCAGUACUACACCAUGCCCAACUUCCGACAGUACGAGAACCGCACGGGCCACAUCUUGGUGCAGUGGUCGCUGGGCAGCCCGCUGCACUUCGCCGGCUGGCAUUGCUCCUGGUGCUUCACGCCCGAGGGCAUCUACUUCAAGCUCGUGUCGGCCCAGAACGGCGACUUCCCGCGCUGGGGCGACUACGAGGACAAGCGCGACCUCAACUACAUCCGCAGCCUCAUCCGCACGGGCGGCUGGUUCGACGGCACGCGCCAGGAGUACCCGCCCGCCGACCCCAGCGAGCACAUGUACGCACCCAAGUACUUGCUCAAGAACUACGACCAGUUCCGAUACUUGCUGGACAACCCCUACACGGAGCCCCGUGGCACGGUGGCGGGGGCGUCAGGGGCCGGAGCCGGGGGUGCUCGGCGGGGUGCUGCAGCGCCCGAGGCCCGGCUGCCCGCGCCGCCACCCCGCGGCAGGUUGGACGCAACGGGAGGCUAAGGCGGCUCCACGAGCUCUCUGCGUCCUCGGUCAUCCUGCCCUCCUCCAC